AUGUUUCCCAAAUUGCAUUCUUGUAACCCUAAUAAUUGCUGGUAUCUAUCAUGGCUAGAAUCUGUAAAUUUAACAGUUCCCUUCACGACGUACCUGCAGCCAACUGGACCUCGAUGGACUAGUACAGCCAAAACUUCAAGAGCAAACCAUUUGUCAUUAUCACUGCUCUGCAGCACGCUGACAUAG